AUGACUGUGUGCCGAGAAUGGCCUGCUGCAUCGGGCGGACAAAUGGCCCAGACAGCAUCUCUCUUCAUUGACGAGUCGCCGGCGCUGGUCCUCGCCCAGACACUGGCGGGCGGCAGCCACGCAGCUCCAUGGAGGCCCGGUGAGCCAAGCCCCGGCAGCCCACCUUCCAAGACCUCGUCCGCCUGCGCCGUGCCGGCAAUGCGGCACCACGACAACCAUCAGGCCGGAGGUCUCAGCACAGCCGGUUAUCGAAAGAAGCUUUACAUCCCUAGGAAUUCAAGGCUCGGCGGUAGUUUUGCGCAUAACCUCACAGGGAACGCAGCCUGUGCAAGAGAUCAUCUCACACCCUCCGAUGUCAUCAUUCCCGUGCUGAAGACUCUCGAGGGGCGGAGCUCGGUCAAGCCUUUACUGCUUCCACCCUACCCUCCCAUCUCCCCUGAUGUCUCUGUCCCGUCGUUCCUUGUCUCGAUCCAUUCUCGCAUGUGUAUCCCGUCGUCCGAGCGUCUUGGCCGCGCUAUACGCCCCUCGAAUGCAUGUUCUGAUCUGAUCUACGCAAGCCGGUCUGUCGGCCCCUGGAGAUCUUGCCCGCAUGAGCUUGUUCUCCCCCACCCCAAGAUUCGGUUUCCGAUCCUGUGUCUUCCCGCCUUGCCGUCUUGGCUGAAAGGCUUGAUCUCACGACACGCGUUCCGUCUUUUCAACCAAGGUUUGGCACCUGCCUGGGCGUGGAAGGCCGCUCCUGCUUAUGCGGAAGUGCAAGUCGUCAGUGACGACGUAGCCAGUCGAGCAGCUCUCCUCGCCGGUCUCCUCUAUAUUUCAAUGUCAAAGGCGGACUUUAUUCCCAUUUACCGGCUGGCCCUCAGCGCCUUCGUCAUCCAAAGCGUCGCCGGCAGCAGGUCAAACAAGCAACGAUUCCGCGCCAUCACCCCCGCUUCUCAAAGCUCACCACAAGCGGCUGGAUGGACACAAAACACCCUCUUCCCCGACCUUCGCAACAACCAAGGCGCGAACAAGGAUACCGGGAUCCUGGUGAACUCGUUGCAAGCAGAAAGCAGCAACGAGCCCGGGCCUGGAUACCAGCGCCCGACCAUCUCGGCGUCAAGAUCGCUAUUCAACAUGCUUCAGGAGUUUCCGGCUGCUAGUUCUUGUGCUGUGCUCGUCGUGAAUUGUUGCUGUUGUGGAGAGCAACUCUAA